AUGUCCAAGCUGGAGAGCGAGAUCGCCUCUAAGGAGAACUCUGUUGAGGUGAACGAUGUAUCGGAAGUCGAUAGCUCGUCGUCUCAAGACCUCAGUGAACACCAUAUUUUCCAAGACCCUGUUGUUGCUGAACACUAUCGCAAGCUGUAUGAGGAGACUCAGUACGAGUGCAGAACUCACUUUGAUCCAGACUUCAAGUGGACUGCUGCUGAAGAGAAAAAGGUAAAGUGGAAGACGGAAUGGCAUGUUGUGUUUUGGUCGUUCAUCAUGUUCACAGCCCUCGAUUUUGACAGAAACAACUUGUCGCAGGCUUUGUCUGAUAACAUGCUGGACGAUUUGGGAAUAACUACCAAUGAUUACAACCUUGGACUCACUCUUAACAAAUUGUGUUUCCUGAUAGCCGAGCUUCCAUCUCAGCUUGUAUCCAAGAGAAUUGGUUCAGAUGUCUGGGUCCCCACGCAAAUUGUGCUUUUUUCGAUUAUUGCCAUGACCCAAGCUGCUUUGAAGAAUAGAGCUGGAUUUCUCGCUACAAGGUGUCUGCUUGGAUUCUUCCAAGGUGGUUUUGAUGCUGAUCUCAGUAUCUGGAUUUCCUAUUUCUACAAGAACAGUGAGUUGCCAAUGCGCUACACGCUGUUUUAUGCCGGUUACCCACUUACCAAUAUUUGGUCUUCGCUGUUGUCAUUUGCAAUCUUGAGAUUGAGAGGACACAAGAACUGGGCUGGUUGGCAAUGGCUCUUCCUUAUUGAAGGAGCAUUCACCUUGGUUAUUGGUUUCCUUUCCUACUUCUUGAUGCCUGCUUCUGCUGUGCAGACCAGAAAGUGGUACAGACCUAAAGGCUGGUAUACCGAUAGGGAGGAAAAGAUUGUUGUCAACCGUGUCUUGAGAGAUGAUCCAUCCAAAGGUGACAUGCACAAUCGUCGUCCAGUCACUCCUAAAGAGCUCUGGAAGGGUCUGUGCGACUAUGACAUGUGGCCUCUCUAUGUUCUCAGAAUUAUGUCGGACAUUGGAAGUGCACCGGUUAGUGCUUAUAUGACUUUGACCUUGAGAAAGUUGGGAUUCAGUACCCUGAAUACGAAUUUGCUUUCCAUUCCAUACAACGUGCUGAACGUAAUCACGAUGGUUACCGCAGCGUGGUUUAGUCAAAAAUUCAACGAGUACUCCUUGAUUUUCGUGGGUACCAGUCUUUGGGUGUUGGCGUGUCUUUUCCCAUUGAGAUAUUGGCCAGGUUCUCAGGUGAAUGUUUGGCCAACUUACGCAAUCUUGACUAUCGUUAUCGGACAUCCUCAGCUCUCAGGUGUGUCUAUCAGUUGGACUUCGGCUAAUGCAGGAAAGGUGCGUGUUCGUACAGUUGCGGCUGCAGUGGUCACUAUGUUUUCUCAACUGGCAACGAUUGUCUCGUCUCAAUUAUACAGAGAUGACGAUAAGCCUCUGUACCACAGAGGUAAUCUGGAUCUUAUUGGUAUUGCCUUUGGCGCGAUUGCUGUGGGUAUUAUUACCAAGUUUUAUUACAUCUGGAGGAACAAAAAGCGCGAAGAGGUUUGGAGCCAGAUGACUAUUGAGCAAAAAGAGGAGUACAUUACUACUACUACGGACGAGGGAAACAAGAGACUUGAUUUCAGAUUUAAGCACUGA